AAGAGAAUGUCAAAACAAAAAAGAAAAAGAAAAAUACAUAGUAAAAAGUAAAAAUGCAUUUUACAAUUUUUUUACUUGUCACAAGCAUUCAAACAUGGAAUAUAGCAUUUGGUACAAGGGACAUCUACAAUUUACCAGAAAAUAUAUCAUUCUCAGGAAUUCUUGCAUUUGGUGAUUCCAUGCUUGAUACAGGCAACAAUAACCAUCUUCCAUUAACUCCUGUAAAGUCCAAUUUUUACCCAUAUGGUAUCAAUUUAAUCCUCGGAAAAUCUCCGUCCGGCAGGUUUUCUAACGGAAAAAUGCUACCAGAUCUUUUAGCACAAAAUUUAAAUAUUGGUUCCGGUAUCGUAUUACCUUAUCUAAGUCCAGCAAUAACACCUGAAAACCUUAAUAAUGGAUUAUUAUCUUUUGCUUCGGCUGGAACAGGAUAUGAUGCUUUAACCACCUCUUAUUCGUCAUCUAUAUCAUUAGUAGAUCAAAUAACAAAUCUGGAAGAAUUUACAAACAAGUUGUUCAGAUUACUCGGAAAUAAUAAUGUAACACUAAGUAUCUUCUAUCACAAAGCCUUGGUUCUAGUAUCAGCAGGUGUUGAUGACAUUAUCAACUAUUUUCCUACAACUGAAAAUUCUCCUCCAAGUCCUCGGAGUAUCCAGUAUAAAUUUGAUGACUAUACUGAUCUUUUGGCCGAAACUUCAUUUAACUUCGUCAAAAAUUUAUUUGAUAAAGGAAUAAGAAGGAUUGGAGUUUUGGGAGUACCACCAAUUGGUUGUUUUCCAGCAUAUAGACUUUCAAAAAAUUGUAAUGGUGAUAUGAAUUCCGCCGCAACUUUAUUAAAUUCGAAAUUGUCUCGCAAGUUGGCUGAUCUUGGUGCCGAGAAAGAACUUUCCAGCGCCCAAAUUGUCUUUAUGGAUAUUUACAAGGACUACAUGGAAAUUAUCCAAAAUCAAGAUACAUAUGGUUUUGAUGUUAUAAGUAAAGCAUGUUGCGGAAUAGGAAAUUUAGAUACUCCAUAUUUAUGUAAGAAAGUAAAUGCAACUCUAUGUGACGUUAACAAGCUUCAAUAUUUAUUUUGGGACGGCCAUCAUCUUACAGAAAGUGGAUACGGUUUGCUUGCUUUAAAAUUUUUUAAAAAAUAUUUGCUAAAAUUUACAAAACCCCAGUAUUUGUGAAUUUCUUUUACCGGAGGGAUUUAUAAGAAAAUUUCACUUUAGGCAGGUCUUUGUGUUUUUGUAUUUUUUUGUUUUAUUACUUUUCAAUUAAAUUGUAUUACUUAUUUAGUAUAUGUAAUUAUUUUAUCCAAUUAAAA